AUGUUAAAACUGCUUAUUGUAGCACUGCUGUGUGCAGUCUCAUGCGCACAUUUAAGAAAGCCAGACUUUGGGCUUCUUUCUGAUGAGCAUAUUGACUACAUCAACCAUGUUGCUGACACUACAUGGAAGGCUGGCCGUAAUUUUGCUCCUGAAGACCACGAGCACGUGAAAAGAAUCAUGGGGGUGCCUAACAUGGCAAAGUCAGAGUUUUUGACUCGCCAGUUGCCCAGACAAGAGUUUGAGAGAAAGCUGAAGGUCACCCAGCUGCCGGACAACUUUGAUCCCCGAGUGGAGUUUCCAAACUGCCCAUCGCUGAAGGAGGUCCGGGAUCAGGGAGACUGUGGUUCCUGCUGGGCUUUUGGUGCCACUGAAGCUAUGACUGAUCGAAUCUGCAUCCAAUCCAAAGGAAAGGUCCAGUUUCGCUUUUCUGCUGAAGACCUUUUGGCCUGUUGUGAUUCCUGUGGUGAUGGCUGCAAUGGUGGUUUCCCUUCGGAGGCUUGGGCCUUCUACCAGAACACUGGUAUUGUCUCAGGUGGUCCUUACAACAGUUCCCAGGGUUGCCAACCCUAUGAGAUUCCUGCAUGUGACCACCAUGUUGUUGGCCACCUGAAACCCUGCAGUUCCGAGAUCAUGAAGACGCCCAAGUGCAAGAAUUCCUGUGAGGCAACCUACAAGACUCCAUAUUUGAAGGACAAGCACUUUGGUGUUACUACUUACUCUGUCAGUGGUGAGGAUAACAUUAAACAGGAGUUGGUGCAGAACGGUCCAGUGGAAGCAGCAUUCACUGUCUACAGUGACUUCAUCAACUACAAGUCAGGCGUCUACCAGUACACCUCUGGCACAGAACUUGGAGGACAUGCGGUGAAGAUCCUUGGCUACGGUGUGGAAGAUGGAACUAAGUACUGGCUGGUUGCCAACUCCUGGAACCCCGACUGGGGUGAUAAUGGAUUCUUCAAAAUCCUCCGUGGUCGUGACGAGUGCGGCAUUGAAAGCCAGAUAGUUGCCGGCAAGCCCAAGCUGUAA